GGCGAACGAGUCAACGUCCCCAACGGCUCCAUGGGUCCCAUCCAUAGAUCUUGCCGAACCAAUUUUUGGAAGAGACGACUAAAUAACGCAUUCGUUGUGGUCUGUCAUACUCUAUCUCUCUAUCCGUCUCCCCUUUUCCUUUACAAUUUUUUUGUCUCAUCUUUAUCUCUGGGGUGUCGUUUUAAGGAGCAACUAUCUAUGCCUUUGGACACAGUACCUGUGACUUCAAGAGUACACUGUAAAUCAAUGGCUGCCAUAAUACCUUCACGCUUCGGAAAUGUUUCAGACAUGAACAUUUGCCCGGUCAUGUGGUGUCUGAGCUCCAAAACAUUACUUACCCUCACUGGGCGCUGGGCUAACUAUAGGAACAAAAUCUAAAUUCCUCAUUAGCUUAAAUGAGGGCAUCCAUUCAUACCCCUGAUGGCUGGGGUUUUCCAUGAUGCCAUCGUGGACAUACAUAUUCUGACCAUAUAAUUGAAGUCCAUGGCAAGGUUCAUAGCUGAGCCCGUGCAAACUGUAACGCAUGACAUGUUUUACGACCAUGUUAAUUUUCAACCUUGGGAGGGCUGAG